UCGUUCGGGCGCAGAAGCAAAAUCAAAAUCGAUCCUGAACACUCCUGCGGAGCACAUUACACAUUUCACUCACUGUCGGCAAAGUUGCUGGUGACGUUCGGUGGAAUUGUAAACAACUCCGGAAAAAUGUAUGGAUUCGUAAAUUAUGCCCUUGAAGUGUUGGUGGUGAAAAAUUUUGGAGAAGAAACAUGGGAAAUCAUAAAAAAGAAAGCAGACUUCCAGAUGGAAGGACAUUUUUUAGUCAGACAAAUUUACGAAGAUGAACUUACUUACAAUCUCAUAGGAGCGGCUGUUGAAGUUCUAAAAAUUCCUGCGACUACAAUAUUAGAACUAUUCGGAAAAACAUUUUUUGAAUUUUGUCAGGAUUCCGGAUAUGACAAAAUUCUCCAAGUACUAGGCGCCACACCCAGAGAUUUUUUAACGAAUUUGGAUGCCCUGCACGACCACCUGGGUACUCUAUAUCCUGGUAUGAAAGCUCCUUCGUUUAGAUGCACCGAAAGACCGGAAGACGGAGCACUGAUUCUUCAUUAUUACUCAGAUAGAGCUGGUCUUGAACAUAUUGUGAUUGGAAUUGUGAAAACAGUUGCUAGCAGACUUCACAAUACGGAAGUGGAAGUGGAACUAAUACAAACUAAAGAUGAAAGUGAUCACGUGCAAUUUCUUAUUACAGAAAAAUUUGGGACAAAGAAGUCCCAAUUGCGGGAGAUGGAUGAGAUUGAAACUCUGUCAUUAGAACCAAAAGUUAGCCCAGCAACAUUCUGUAGGAUCUUUCCCUUUCAUAUAAUGUUUGAUGCUGAGAUGAAGAUCGUUCAGACGGGAUUCUCAGUAGCAAGAAUAAUUCCAAAAGUGAGUUCAACUGGAUGUAGAAUAACGGACAUAUUGGACCCGGUCAGACCUCAUUUGGACUUAACUUUUGAAAACAUCUUGUCCCAUAUUAACACAAUAUACGUUCUUAAAACCAGAACUGGAGUUAUGCAAGUUAAUGCAUCUCCUGAAUACAGAAGUUUGAGACUCAAGGGUCAAAUGUUGUACGUCCCCGAGACCGAUCUAAUAGUGUUUCUCUGUUAUCCCAGUGUGGUGAGUUUGGACGAUUUAACAAGAAGAGGACUUUACAUCAGUGACAUUCCUCUUCACGACGCUACUAGAGAUUUAGUACUGAUGUCUGAACAGUUCGAAGCUGAUUACAAACUAACACGAAAUUUGGAAUUUCUCACUGAUAAACUUCAACAAACCUACAGGGAACUGGAUACUGAAAAAAUUAAAACUGAUAGAUUGUUAUAUUCAGUGUUACCAAUAACAGUUGCCAACGAAUUGCGACAUAAAAGACCAGUACCUGCAAGAAGAUACGAAUGUGCCACCAUUCUGUUCUCAGGAAUCGUUGCAUUCUCUGAGUAUUGUGCUAGAAACUCAGACUCAAAAGGUGCUAUGAAAAUUGUCAGGUUGUUGAAUGAAUUAUAUACCAAGUUCGACGAUCUUACUGAUUCAACAGUAAAUCCCAACAUUUAUAAGGUUGAAACUGUGGGUGAUAAAUAUAUGGCUGUCAGUGGGAUUCCAGAACCUUGUAGUACUCACGCAAAAAAUAUCGCUAAACUGGCAUUAGAUAUGAUGGACAGGAGUCAAACUGUAUUUUUUGAGGAUGAAGCAGUGAGAAUAACAAUAGGACUUCAUUGUGGAGAAGUUGUGACAGGUGUCAUUGGGCAGAGAAUGCCGCGAUUUUGUUUAUAUGGAAAUACAGUCAAUCUAACCAGCCGAACGGAAACCACGGGACAACCUGGAAAGAUUAAUGUAACUCAAGAUGUCUAUAACAUUUUAUGUCAAGAAGAAAAUUUUGACGAGCAAUUCCACUUUGACUACAGAGGCCCAGUGACAAUGAAAGGCAAAUCAGAACCGAUGGACGUAUAUCUUCUCACCAGAACCAAUACCUAAACAAAUAUUUACACGAUAAGAAUAUAGCCGGAUGGUUUAACUAUAUCGCUCAACCGGAAGAAAAGUGAUGCAACUCAAAAAAUGGAUAAUUCCAGUUACCUAUCUUGUUAAAUUGACUCCAAAAAUCCUAUACUUUUUCCAGGAAAAAUGACACAUAGAUGUUUACUCCAACUUCGUAAGAUGGCGGUAGUGUCAUUAUUUUAUUUGGCGGUAAAAUGAAUAUUUUUAUUCCGGUUAUUUAUCACGAAAAAACCGUUGCAUUUCGUGAAGUGUCCUAGGUAUUUUUGGCGUUUCGACGGAAAAGUGACCAAUAUUUUAAAAUAAAAGUGACAUAACUCAAAAUGUUGAUCUUUUUUUGUAUGUUCACUUUUUUCUUCGUUAUUAAUUUAUAAAUUUUAGCAGUUACCGUUUCAAACUGUAUUUUUGUCUACUCUGAAGUUUUUUUUUUGAGUUGUGACACUUUUCUUUCGGAUGAGCGAAUGACAGCAGCGUUAGCAUUCUUCCACUAUUGCAAUAUCUUCGGUAUUUGAAACUGGAGAGUUAAAACUGCGGUACGGAAAAUACACGAGGCAUAACGAUACCACAUCGCUCAUCCGAAAGAAGAGUGACACAACUCAAAAAAUGCAUAAUUCCAGUUAUCUUGUUCGUUAAAUCGACUCCAAAAAUCCUAUACUUUUACCAGGAAAAGUGUCACAUAGAUGUUUACUUCCAACUUCGUAGAUAGUGGUAGUGUCACUAUUCAUUUGGCGGUAAAAUGAACAAUGAUACUUUUCAGUUAUGCUCUGACGAUGACGUUCGAAGUGAACGUAUGGUUUAUUUAUCACGAAAACCGUUGUUUUUAGAGAAGUGUCCUAGGUAUUUUUGGCGUUUCCGCGAAAAAGUGACAUAACCCAAAAUGUUUAUUUUUUUUUUCUUGUUAAACCAUUUAUCAUAUUUUUUGGUUUUGUUUCUUACACAAUUAUUAGAAAUAUUCACUUAUCCAAAUUCUUUAUUUUUAAAUUAUAAAUUUUGGCAUUUGCCAUUUAAAACUGACAUGUAAAUAAGAUAUAAAAAUCCAUUUUUUUUUCCUGAAAAAAGUUGUUUUUUUGAAUUGUGACACUUUUCUUCCGGAUGAGCGAAUGACAGCAGCGUUAGCAUUCUUCCACUGUUGCAAUAUCUUCGUUAUUUGAAACUGGAGAGUGAAAACUGCGGUCCGGAAAAUACACGAGGCAUAACGAUAUCUACCACAUUUUAUUGCAUGUUACUUGUUGUGAAUAUUCUAAUUAAUAUUUUAUUAAAGCAAUAAAAUUGAUGUACAACUA